GCUGGGCGUGCGCCGUAGGAACCUCCUGCUGAGACGCUUCCGGUAGCGGCGCGUGACCCGACAGGUCUUUCACCUAUCUACCUCAGCUCCCACAAACACGAGAAGUUCUAGCAAGUUCGCCACUUCCGGUUCUCCUGGCCAUCCAAUAGCAUCGAGCGGAGCGUCCUCGGAAGUGACGCAGCGGAUGACGACGUCUUUCCGGUUCCGGCCUGGCGAGCGCUUGUGCGGCGACAUGAAACUGCUCACCCACAAUCUGCUGAGCUCGCAUGUGCGCGGGGUGGGGUCCCGUGGCUUCCCCCUGCGCCUCCAGGCCACCGAGGUCCGUAUCUGCCCUGUGGAAUUCAAUCCCAACUUCGUGGCGCGUAUGAUACCUAAGGUGGAGUGGUCGGCGUUCCUGGAGGCGGCAGAUAACGUGCCUAAAGGGCCGGUUGAGGGAUAUGAGGAGAAUGAAGAGUUUCUGAGGACCAUGCACCACCUGCUGCUGGAGGUGGAAGUGAUAGAGGGCACCCUGCAGUGCCCAGAAUCUGGACGUAUGUUCCCCAUCAGCCGCGGGAUCCCCAACAUGCUGCUGAGUGAGGAGGAAACUGAGAGUUGAUUGUGCCAGGCUCCAGUUUUUCUUGUUAUGACUGUGUGUAUUUUUGUUGAUAUAUACCCUGUUUCCGAAUUCUGCCGUGUGUAUCCCCAACCCUUGACCCAAUGACACCAAACACACAGUGUUCUUGAGCUCGAUAUUAUAUAUUUUUUUCUCAUUAAAGGUUCAAAACCAAAA